CUUGAAUUACCUGUAGUAAGUAUUGUUUAAAUGUAUUGUUAGGAACGGUGAUUUGUGCCUGCUAUUCGUUACCACCCCCAAAAAGUGACCAGUGACAACGCGAUGUUCCAUCUCUAGAUAAUCAAAACGCCUUAGUGCAUUUUCCCGAGAUGCUGAGAUAAAUAGAAAUUAAUUUCGGAAAAGCGACUUUCUUUUGUUUACCACCAUGGCGACCUACUCCAACCAGCAUUGGCUGCUCUCCCACAUCCGCAACUCCUUCAUAUCCACGGACGACACGGGAAUGUGCGAGACGGUGAUGCUGAGCGAUGACAUGCCCAAACACUAUUUGCGAAAAUUCGGUAACUCAGGCGCUGGAGGAGAUCACUAUCAUUGGCGACGGUCGCAAAAGACAGCGCCCACGGGGGGCGGGACAACGCCGGAGCGGAACACCCGUCAUCCGGAUGCGCCACUCCAAGAAGUGGACUUCAUCUGCUAUCCGGGACUUGACCUCAGCGACGACGAGGAGGACAUGUCCACGCACUCCUUUGACAUCCAGAUGUAUCCGGAGGUGGGCGCCCAUCGGUUUCGUUCCAACACCGCCCAAAAACUAGAGAAAUUGGAUAUUGCCAAGCGGAGGGCUGCGCGCAUCAAAAGUGUCAACUACCAGGAGGAAGUGCAGCCACCGGACAGCGAUGAUUUCUUCAGACGCAAAGAGCUGCCCCCCAGCAAAGCUCAACUGAGCAAAAAGGAACCGAAAGCCAACGACGAUGAGCUAUCAGAUGAGGGUGUUCAGAGCCAGCUCACUGAACAGUUGGCGAAAAGUCCCAAGCAAACACAGAAUCGCUUUAUUGAAUUCGCCCGCUUCGAUGGCACCUCCCAAGUGGGUAUGCAAACGAAAAGGAUUAACGUGUUUUUAAAUAUGCUUCCCGCGCCGGAUCGCAACUAUCCGUUGAAGAUCUGCGUCGUAGCCACUGCCAAAAUCCAGGAGGUCAUUGGUUAUGUCUGCUACAAGACCUCUUUACAGUAUCCCGACGUUCCUUUGAAGUCCCUGCAGCAUUACGCUUUAUAUAUGACAGAGGAUAAUGAUGAUAUGGAGGACUUCCCGCCCUUGGACAAUCGCGAACCCUGCUCUAAGUUUGGCUUCUCCCAACUGACCCUCGCAGAGCGUCGACCAUUGGCUCCAGUGACUCGAGUGGAUUACCACAGCCAGCUGGGCAGCAAAUCCAUGACUUCCGUGGAGGACAAGACAGCUCUGGCCGAAGCGGCUGUCAAGGCUCUGCAAAAUAUUAACCUUAAUGGUGGAACUACUGAUCCAGGGGGAGCAGGCGGAGGAGGCGAUAGUCCAUUCGACAAUGUAAAGGAGUACGAGAAGCGCCUGCUGAAUCAUAAUGACAUGCUGGAAGCACCCAUGCAUCGUACUUUCCGCCUGAACAUCAUAGACAAGAGGUUCUUUAAAUCCGAUGUGACUCUGGGAAUAUCUGGUGAGAGAAUAGAGAUCGAUCAGUGCAAGAAUGCCAAGUUCUGGCCGCAGAAGAAGCCCGUAUCCACUCCAAUUGAUUUUGUGGCCCACUGCGAGAUUUUGGAGCGACGCCACUUAAAGGCUUUGUUGCGCAUCUGGCUGAAGUCGAACUCCUCGUCCCCUUCCUUCUCCACCGGCUGCACUUCGGCGCAGAUCAAUGCCAGCGUAACCACCCUAAAUGCGGGAAGUGGCAGUGCAGGGAUUGCGCACUCGCCCAGCAGUCCGGGUCACUCAUCCGGCCUCUUUUCAAGCAGCAAUAUUCGCUUUAAGCACUACGACUUCGACACGGAUACCCACACGGCGGAGCAGAUCCACAACAAGCUGAACUGCAUACUUGAGAUGCGAUCCAGCGAUCUGCGGCGCGAGUUCCUUCUGCAGCGCGAUCGGAAGCAGGAGAAGAGGCAGCUGAAGUUGUAGUAUUUAUUCCUAUGGCAGCGGCUGCUGCCCGUGUGCCUAGCAGGCGGGCUACUGCCACUGCCGCUGCAACGGCCCCGCCUACUUCUCCGCCUCCGCCUACUGUUCGAUAAGUUGUAUUAGUUGCUAACUAAAGAUUGUGUUACACAUGUUUGCCUAGCCUGUAAGUAUUUAUUGAACUCACCUAACUACGAAGCCUGGUCCUGAAAAUAAAAUCGAAAUCUGUACA